CCCGCUCCACCACGUUCAUAGUGAAGUUAACCCUUCCUGUGCUCCAGGUCUGUGUGAUCUGUGUCCCAGUCUGGAGAAACAGCUGCUGGUGUUUCCGGGUCAUAAGUGUGGAAGUCUGCAGCUGGUCGACCUUUCUAACACCAAACCCGGCACGUCGUCGGCUCCGUUCACCAUCAACGCCCACCAGAGCGAGAUCGCCUGCGUGGCUCUGAACCAGCCGGGCAGCGUGGCGGCGUCGGCGUCUCGCAAAGGAACGCUGAUCCGUCUGUUCGACACCACGACCAGAGACAAGCUGGUGGAGCUGCGGCGCGGGACAGACCCCGCCACCCUCUACUGCAUCAACUUCAGCCACGACUCAUCCUUCCUGUGUGCCUCCAGUGAUAAAGGAACCGUCCACAUCUUCGCUCUCAAAGACACCAAACUGAACCGCCGCUCCGCGCUGGCCCGUGUGGGGAAGGUGGGCCCUGUGAUCGGUCAGUACGUGGACAGCCAGUGGUCGUUGGCCAGCUUCACCGUGCCGGCUGAGUGCGCCUGCAUCUGUGCUUUUGGGAAGAACACGUCCAAGAACGUCAACUCUGUCAUCGCGAUCUGUGUGGACGGGACGUUUCAUAAAUACGUGUUCACUCCGGAUGGAAACUGUAACCGAGAAGCCUUCGACGUUUAUCUGGACAUUUGUGAUGACGACGACUUCUGAGGCCGACGUGAGGAGGAAGAGGAGGACGAAUGAAAAUGACUGAAUUAUUAUCGUCGUAUCUCCAGAAUGUAGCAGCCUGAAACUUUAUGUGCAUCACGAAGAGAAGAGACGACAAGUUACAAUCUAAUUAAAAAUCGUUUUUGAGAAGAAAUCAGUGUUUAUAUCCCUGGUGUUUGUUCUCUUCAUCUUCACACAGUGAUGUCAUCACCUUCAUACCUCUUGUAAAUGGAGAAUUUGUAAUUUGUUUGUAAUUACAACCUUUAAAGGAA